ACAGGAGGACACUUUUCAAGAAAAAUGACGGUUGAUUGGAAGUAACAUUUGAGUUGCGCUUAUUCUGUUGCACUACAACAAUGAAUACCACGUGUCCGGAAGCAAACAUUACGCCAACCAGCGUGAAGAAGGAAAACUCACAUGGUGAUAGCAAACUGGAAAGAGAGAGGACGCCUACAUUUUGAACAAAGUUUCUGACGUGCAAUCAUACUGGGGAAUCUAGAGAAAAUGUCUGCAGCUAAAGUGAAGAUGCGGGGAAAGAAGAUGAGAAACCAGCCCGCAAGUGUUCAGUAUCCGUCUUCUCCGCUUAAUGUGGAGGGCAGCACACAGAACGGAGGGGACACCCCGGUCACCGGUGGAGUUGGUGAUGAGGGCCCAUCUAACGUCCCUCCAACUACAGAAAGGCCGAAGAACCCCCAUCAACGGGGUGGAUGGGUCCGUGGACACCAGAAAGAUGGUGGAGGCUACGCCAAGGAGAUGCCCAAGUACAUCACUGCUGGAGCUUUUGCCCGGGCCAGGGCGGCAGAGGUGAGCACAAUGCUGAAAGCAGUCACCAAGACAACGGGCAGCUGUCAUGUGUUUGGAGCCCUGCCCAAACACAUGAGGAGACGGGCCAUGAGCCACAACACCAAGCGGCUCCCUUGCAGACUAAGAGACGUGGCCAACAGAAUGCGGGAGAAGAGCCUCCAGUCCGGCCCAAAGAAGAAAAAGGAACAGGCAAAGAGCAAGAGCCGCAAGGCCCGCCGCCGGCACGGCAACCUGCUGCUGGAGUUCAACCGCCGCCAAAGGAAGAACGUGUGGCUGGAGACGCACAUUUGGCACGCCAAGCGCUUCCACAUGGUUAAAAAAUGGGGCUACUGCCUCGGGAGCCGACCCACAUACAAAUGCUACCGGCCUAGCUACAGGGCAAUGAGCAGCCACUGUCUGCUUCAGGACCUUUCUUAUUACUGCUGCAUAGAGCUACAGGGAGACGAAGACAAGCUGCUGUCUUCUCUGUCACUACUCACCAGCAAGGAGACCGGUCCUACAUUUGCUGCAGCACUGUGUCUAUCAGGGCGAAGACAGGGCAGUGUGGUGGUGUACAAAGCAGGACAGUACCCUGCGCUGCCCCUGGGCCCUGUCACUUUCCUUUGGAGACCCCGUACACAGGACUCAACCCACAGGCAGCUGUGGAUUUGGGCUCAUCCCAGUAUUAAAAAGGACCUUCUUCCCGAGUUACAAACUGUGUGCCAGUGUUGUGAGGCCGUAGUUCCUCCAGUUGUUCCAGUCGUGACACCUGCUGAGGCUGUUGCCACUCUAGAACUGGAGCCAAUGCCUGAAAAGACCCCUGAGGCCAAGCAGAUAACUGGAACCAAGAGAAAGCGAUCAUUUAAGGGUGCCAGUGGACCUCCUGCCAAGAAGAUCCUAGGAGAUGGAACCAGAUCUCCCACCACUCCGGUUACCUGGAAGUCCAGCUCAAAUGGAAUAGUUAUAAAUGAUCUCACGAUGGAGAUUGUACGCUAUCGCCUGAUUGGACCACAGUCCCAUUCUGUUCUGGCAGAAACUAUGGAAGCAGCUACAGACUGUGAAGAAAUGAAUAAAUCCCAGCCCUCUCCCCUCUGGUGGCCUGAGCACUGCCAAAACAAGAGCAAGAUGAACCUGCAUCAACAACAAGCUGACGUCUUUCACACACUGAAAGGCAUCUAUGGGACUGGAGAGCUGCCCUCAGGCACAGUGCUGGGUCUGACUGUAGAUGACCCCAGGCUGACUUUACCAACAAAGAAGGUUAAAGCUUUGCCCUGUGGAAAGCAGGCACAAGAGGUGGACGAGGAGAAGUGGAGGGAGCUGAUGUUGCGAGGAGUUCCAGAACACUGCUGUCAGAGUUACCUGUGGGAGCAGUCUGUGCGGGACAACGUCACUGAUAACAAGAUAUCCGAGCAGGAGUUGAACCGUAUGAGAAGCGAGGUGCUGGUGCCGGGCUCCAGGCUGAGUCCCACUCCACCGCAGGGUCGAGUCCCCAUCCUGCUGGUUCAACAGCCCGGCAAGCAGGUGGGACAUGAGAUGAGCUCCUGGGGUUCUGGAUGGGACCUGCUGCUUCCUAAAGGAUGGGGCAUGGCCUUCUGGGUCCCACUGGUGUACAGAGGAGUUCGCAUUGGAGGGCUGAAUAUGAGUCUGAAACACUCUCAGAAUAAAGCAGCCCCACACUUCCCCCAUGAUUACCCAGACUGCCCUGCAGGCGUUCAUUUUCAGGAGGAGCAGGAGGCCGAGCUCCUGGCCAAGUUCAAAAGGCGUCCGCCUGCAAAAAGGACCAAUUACAUUAAACAUGGCUGUCUGGCUCCGUUCUGUUGCCCAUGGCAACAGCUGGCCGAGGAGUGGGAGCUGAUCUUGAGGGAAGGAGGAGAGGAGAGGAAAGGAGACUGCCGGAGCCAAAGCCCAACAGAGGCUGACAGAGUGAUGGAGGAGGAGAUGACAUCACAGGGAGAUAUCAGUGUAACGAAGCCUCCGAGCCGAGUCACUGUACUGAGGAACAGAAAGUCACUGAGGCUGCUCUCUGGUUGGUGCAGACCCACAACAUCUAAAGGUCAAAGGCCGUGCCGUGUCGCGGAACUGCCACCUCUCGACCGUUCAGCCAUGACCUUGUUUCUCACAGCACAUGGGAUGAGUCUGGUGUGGGUCCGUCUGUCAGUACUUUGCAAGGGCAAACCAGAGCUCAGCGCCAUGGUGUGUGUGCCAACUGCGGAGGACCUGGAGCUGCUGAAUAAAAAGCCUUGCAGCAGCGGCCCCCAGGAGCCCCCACACAGAGACCACUUCAAAAGUAGAAUAAGAAGCCGGAAGAAGAACCCCAAAAAAGCUGCUGCGUCAUCUUUGUCUUCUGAUAAGACUGAGGGCAAAGACUCAGACCUUCCCCCUGCCUCUGAACCAAACCCCACCACAUCUGAAGAAUCCAAAUCAUCCCCCCAGUUUUCCACGGACCUCAUCUUCGGGCUGUGGCCGGACCCUCUGCCGAGCGUCACCUCUCACUGCUCCCGGGUGACUCUAGGCUGGGUCACUCACGGCGACUUCUCCCUGUCUACAGGCUGUGGGGAAGCUCUGGGCUUUGUCAGUGUUCCCGGUUUCCUUAACACCCUCUUCAACCAGCCGAAGGAACACAGAGGAAUGUUUCUGCUGCGCAACCCGACAUCCCUGCACUACCGCUUUGUUAAAAUCAACAUAGAGGUCUGAUUGAAACAUCACAUUGACAUUAUAUGUAAACAAUUUGCAUAAUUCUUCAUUCACUAAGUGAUCUCUUGGCCUUGAUAGUCUCCUCAAUGGAAUGCAUGGGCAUGACUACAACACACCUGGUGGCGUUGUUGAAAAGAUAUUUUUUGGUUUAUAUUUUACUCUGGGAAGAGGCAUCCUUAUUGUUUGUUAGGAAAGGUUGGUUGUUUUCAAACCAAUGCCUUUGUCAGAGGGAUGCUCUACAAAGGCAUCAGUUGAAUACUGUUUUCUUUUAUCAACUGGGUUUCCAAAAUAAAUAAAUUUAUGGCUUAUUUUACAUCCCUCUAUAUCCAUGCUAAUGAUGCCGGGAGUAUUGUUGUUGGUGCUAAAUUAUUUUAAAAGUCAAAUUGAUGGGUUUGAAUUUGAGUCAGUUUCUGUUUAAACAUGCCACUGCAUUGAAAAGGUUUAGUUUGAACAUAAGCUAAUAAAACAUCCAUAUUGCACCUAACAGAA